AUGUCGCCCCCCCCGCCGCGCACGCCGUUCUUCAUCGCGGACCCGUCGCGGCCGCUCGCGCCGGGCGUGACGUUCCCCAUGACGCCCGCGCCGCUCGGACUCCUCGGACUCCCUCCCGCGGACUCCCCGCGCGCGUUCGGGACGUGCCUCACGAACCGGCUCCCCCUCUCGUUCGCGUCGCGCGCGCUCGCCUCCGCGGGCGGCGGCGGCGGCGCGCCUCCUCCCUCGACGCGUCCGACGCCGACGCCGGACGCGACGAUGCGAAGCGCGCGGACGCCGUUCGCGCACGCCGCGCGCGUCUCGUUCCCCGCGAGCGCCGGGCUCUCCGACUCGACGCCGCGCGCGAGCGGACCGCGGCCGGGGUCGCUCGCGCGACGCGCGUCCGGCACGCCGUGGGGCCCGACGCCGUCGCGGCGGCUCGGGACCGGAAUCACGGUCGUCGUCGGCGCGCGCGCGGCGCCGCCGCCGAGCGCGGCCGACGACCGCGUCUGUCGAUGCGCGCGCGAGGACGCGCGGUGCCCGCGGUGCGACCUGCCGUUCAAACGCGCGCCGCUCUUCGCGACGCCGGCUGAAGACGACUCCGCUGACGCGGCGGCCGACGCGCGAGGCGCGCGCGCCGAGGAGUCGCCGCCGACGAGGGACACGGAGAAAGUCGCGAUGGCGACGCUCUCGAAGCUCCGGCUGCAGUGGCCGGACGAAGACGAGUUCGACGCCGCGACGAGCGACGGCGGCGCGACGCCGACGGGGGGCGGCGGGAAAAAACGCGCGCGAAGCACGCCCGCGAAGAAGCUCCCCCCCGCGAAGAAGCCCGCGUUCGCCGCCGCCGCCGCCGCCGCCGCCGUCGCCGUCGCCGUCGCCGUCGCCGCGACGGCGACGUCGACCGACGCGCGCCCGGACGUGGACAACAUGGCGUACAGGGACCUCAAGAACCUGUACGCGGUCGUGUUUCAGCGCCCGACGACGAGCAACAACAAGGGGUGGCUCCAGAGCGCGCUGAGGAAGCGGUUCGCGGAAGACGACGCCAAGGCGGGUGCGGCGAAGCCCGCGGCGAAGCCCGCCAACGUCCCCGACGACGCCGCGACGUCGCCCGCGUGGAGGACCGCGUCGUACGUCUCCCCGAGCGAGAUGCGAGAGAGGGGGAAGAAACCGCCGAGGAAGGCGAGAAGGAUCGCCGCGGCGUGA